AUGGCACUUAACGAUCAAAUCGCCGUCAUCGCAGGGGAAGCGCGCCCCGUCGAAGCGGCUGAAAGGGAUGUGACUCAAACGGUGGUGGAUAUGAGGGAGGGUUUGGGCCGUAGAGGUGGGAAUGAAGCCGCCUUGAGCACAUCUGAUGCUUCUGCUGACGGCACGGGAACACGCAGCGAUAUAGUCACACCCGUUUCCAAUGAACCCUCGAUAGAGUCACAUCGAAGCGAAGAUGGAUUCAAAGACUCGCAGUCUGCGGCUCCCGGUAAUAACGGGAGCACUGGCGGGGGUGCGACGAGCGUGAGUUCAGGAAACAGCGGUGGUGGUGACCCGUCAGCGGGGGACACGUCAGCCGCCGGGGAGACAGCGCCAGAUGCGGAGAGGGAGCUCUCAGCCGUCACCGCCGCGGUGACAGGCAAAGGCGCUUCGGACGUAGCAGCAGCAGGCGAAGAGACGAAGGAUGCGGGAGGAAACGAGCCGAGUAGCACUGAGGUGACAGCAGCGAGUACUAGUAGCAGUACCGGUGCUGCUACUAACGAGGAUAAAGGCAUCCACGUGUUCGUAUCGACGGACGAGACGGAUCUCCGGCCGAUCGCCGUGGUGAUCAACUCGACGCUCGUGAACGCGCGGGAGCCGUGGCGCGUGGAUUUCCACCUGGUGGUCCCGGAGAAAAACGUCGCCGCCAUGCGGAAGAAACUCCUGCCGCUCUUCCCGUCCACGCGCAUCGAGAUUGUGAGGUCAUCAGCCCCUCACUUGCCAACGGCGCUGCCGCUGCCACUGCUGCUGCACCCGCUGCUGCCACAACUGCCGGAGGAGCAGGAGCAGGAGGAGCAGCGACAGCAGGGGGAGCGGCAGGGGCGAUGGGGAUGGGGGUGGUGGGAGAAGCUCGGCGCGCUCAUCACGUACAAGGAGGGCAGCGGCGCGCGCAAGGAGCUGGUCUCCAUCUUCAACUUCCUGCCGUUCUACCUCCCCCAGAUGGCGCCGCAAUUCCGCCGGAUCGUGUAUCUGGACGCGGAUGUGGUUGUGGUGGGGGACAUCGGAGAGCUGGCUGACGUGGAUAUGGAGGGGCGGCCAGUGGCAGCAGUGCAGGACUGCAUGCAGACCUUCAAGACCUACUUUGACUUCGACCAGCUGGCAGCGAUUCAGGCUCGCAACGACCCCUCCAAGCCAUGGAUGCCCUCAGGGCCUUUCGACAGGACCACAUGCGUCUUCAACCGUGGAGUCUUGCUCAUGGAUGUGCAACGCUGGUUACAAAGUAACGUCUCUGGUGCGAUAGAGUGGUGGAUGGCGGAGUUCAGCCGCGCACCCAAUCCCCUUUAUAAGUUCGGCAUGUCGCAACCGCCAUUCCUGCUGACGAUUUAUGACCGGUAUAAGAAGCUGGACCGGAUCUGGAACACCAGAGGCUUGGGAAGGGACAGGUUCGGCGAGAAGGAACGGGAUUACCUAGCCACAAUUGGGCUCGGGCGGCCGCCGAAGCGGCCGUUUGUCAGUUUCUGGGCGGAUUCGGCCAAGAUAUUACAUUUCAACGGGAAAUUUAAGCCGUGGAGAGGGAAGAGGGAGAGGAGGGAAGGGGAGGAGGUGAAGUCAGUGUGUGGGGAGAAGAGAUUCGACUGUGCGAAGCUGUGGUGGCAGUACCUGUCUCCCGAAGCUGAGGCCGAGCUUCGGAGGAAAGGCAAGGGGAAGAAAGUGAGUGCUGUGACAACUGCUGUGCAAGGUGCGUAG